UUUUAUUUACACCUACUUUUUAAGCAUUAAUAAGUCUUGAAUUAAAUAUAUGUGCGGUACUUUAAUGAAUCUAUAAUUUAUUAAUUGCUAUAAUCCGUUGUUCUACUCAGUUAUCAUGUAUUGUAUGUUUGUAACGCUUGAGCGGUUUAUAGUUGCGAAAAAAUGAGUUAAAAAUUAUUUUUUUGUGUUAAAAGUAAGAAAUGGACCUUUCCCCAGAUGAAGAGAACUUCCAAGGUCGGCUACUACAUCAGGCUGCAUUGUGGGACAACUUGGAACUGCUCCAAGAGUUGAUAGCUACUGGGGCAGAGGUCGAUGCGAGAGAUCAACAUAAUCGAAAUGCGCUCCAUGCAGCGGCCCUUGCUGAACGUAGUAGCUGUUUAUUAGCGCUGUGUGCUGGUGGGGCUAAUGUGAAUGCUAAGUCUGAUGAUGUCACCGGUGGCAAGACACCAUUGCAUAUCGCGGCUGAAGGUGGUCAUGCCGAAAAUGUCACAGUGUUAAUAUCAGCAGGUGCAGAUAUUACAGCAUUAACAGGUGCUGGGGAUACGGCGUUGACCUUAGCUGAACGAUCCCGGCAUAGGCAUGCGGCGAACGUUCUACGAAAUGCUAGAGAUGCCCUGGAACGGGAGCGCUUAUGCCAUCACGCCCAGCUUCGCGAGUUGGUUGUGCGGGGAGAUGCGAGUGGUCUUCGGGACAAGCUGGAUUCCUUGGGUUCUGCGGCGGCCAUCAUUGCCAACCUUACGCCUGGUGGAGCCAAUACGCUGUUAUAUGUUGCAUCAGAGUUAGGCAAUCUUGCAUCAGCAUCGGUCCUUGUUGGAGCCGGAGCUGAUGGGAGAGCUCACCCUGUGACCAGAUAUGGUCCAUUGUAUAUUGCGUGCUAUCAUGGGCAUGCCGACAACGCCAUGCUGCUGCUAGCCCACUUUCCUGAAGCUGUUCAGCAAGAAACAGUUGAAAAAUGGCUGCCAUUACACGCAGCCUGUAUCGGUGGCCACCCAUCACUAGUCAAGCUUCUAUUGGAGUACCAGUAUCCGGCUCAUCUGCUUCAUACGUACACCGACGCAAGCGGACAAUACCAAUAUCGGAUGGCGUUUGACGUGAACGCACGAGACGCGAGCGGUCAAAGUGCCUUGUACGUCGCGUGUACGCUGGGCAACGCGGGCGUUGUUGAUGCGCUGUUGGAGUUCUCUGUACCUGCUUUGAGACCUGCACAGUCUCCCCCUAAAGACUCUGUUCCAGCGGAGUCCCGAGUGAAUUCCAGCCCUCACAGGAGUGGAAUAUCAUUAGGAAUUCAUGCUAUUGUCAAUAAACUAACUGGAGGUAACAAAAAUUCGCCAAUCGAAACAGAGAAGCGUAUACGUCCAGUACGUACGGACAGCGGGCGCGGUAUGGACACGUGCGUUGCGUGCGCUGCGAGACUUGGACACGCGAGGGUUUUACGGAGAUUGUUGGCUGCUGGGGCAAGGCCUGAUGCAUGUGCGGAGAUGGUAUCAGAUGUAGCCCGUGAUACGAGACGUCGCUCGCGCAGUGCGUCCGUAACAAGAGGUCGAGCGUCACCGUCGCCUGCACAGUCGGCGUACAAUGAUGAUCGUGAAGGUUGGACAGCAUUGGCGGUAGCAGCGAGAGCUCGGAAUGUGCAAAUAGUGGAGAUGCUGUUGGCUGCCGGAGCCACAGACCCUGGUGGGAAGGCGUUGAGGGAAUGCGCUAGACACGGGCUAUCUGAUCUCGUAGCUGCCCUCCUCGCAACCAAAGCAUACCCGGAUCCCGAGUAUAAGCUGAACAAAUCAGCGAUCUCCGAGACGGUCAUAUCCGGAAAAGACGCCGACUCUGCUUUAUCAUUCAGCGCGAGGUGUCCCUCAACGCCUGUCAUGAUCAAUUGGAGGGAGUUGAGAUGUCAAUUGACCAGAUUGCGUAUGAGCUGGUUACGUGCAGCUGCAUCUCGUGUGAAUUCAAAAUUAUGCACGAAUGGCAACGCGCUAUUGGCCCUGACGAGACUCGAAGUAGCUAACAACGAGUUGAGGGAACUGCCGAGGGAAUUGUUUUCGCUUAUGAGCCUGAGAUAUUUGAACGCCGCUCAAAACAAACUGGAGCGACUUCCAACAGCAAAAGAUCCAUUCGAAGAAGACUAUGAUGGCGGGAGAAGAAAAAAGAGAGAUAAGAAAAGCGGCAGUGUUUAUACGGCGCCAGUUUUACAGGAACUAUAUUUGCAGGAUAAUCGCCUAGAAGAAUUACCAGAGGAGCUUUUUAGUCUCCCAGCUCUGACGAGCCUCGACGUUUCCAAUAAUAAACUGCGCACGCUUCCUGCGAAUAUGUGGAGUGCACCCAGUUUGAGAGACCUCAACGCUGCCUUGAACCACUUGAAGGAACUACCCACUGGAGAGGAGUCAAAUGACAGUGCAUCCAGUGUUUCCUCCCCUUCAGAUUCUCCUAUUCCGGGAGCUUCACCUUCCACCAAUUCGGCGCCAUUUGGAUUCUCACAAGCGAAAUCCGCGUCACGUAGUCCAUCCAUAGAAAACAGUGAAUCAACACCAGAAGAUGAAGACGUUCCAGGGCUUGGGAACCGAGCUGGAAAUGCUAUUUGGUCGGAAGCGCGUCGUGCGCACGCCUGGCGUGGGGCAAGGGCCCCAUCCCCAGUUAGAGCCCCAGUUGGUCCUGGAGCCAGUUGCCUGGCGUCUCUCAACCUCUCUCACAACCAGUUCUCAUGUGUGCCACCACCGUUAGCAUGCAGGGCUCCAGCAUUGACCAGACUCAAUAUGGCCUAUAAUGGAUUAAGAUCUAUGUCAUAUGUGACGUCAUAUCCUACAAAUCUUCGCCAACUGGACUUAAGUCACAAUGAGAUUUCCUGCUGGCCGAGUUUACCGCAGAUGGAAAGUUUUGGCAGCGACGGAUCCCCAUUGGCGUGUUAUUGCCCCAAUGGAGGCGUUGGCCGCAUAAGGCCCCGUUCGGGGGGCUCCGUUAGGUCCCAGUUGCUUAGCGCUGCUUGUCCUGCCCGGCGUCAUCUAAGACUGGAAGCUUUAAGGACUUUGAUCCUAGCAAACAAUAUGUUAACCAGAAUUCAACUCACCACCGAUGAUGAUGGUCUCGCGACGAGGGCUGAUCAUCGGAAUGAUGAUAAUGAUGAUGAAUGGUCGGAAGGAGAAUGUCACCUCAAACGGCGUCUUCUCUUCCCACUCCUCUCGAUGUUGGACGUAUCCUGUAAUCUUCUGAAGUCCGUCCCACCGGCCAUCUACUUGCUUAGCAACCUGGCUGUGCUUAACUUAAGUGGGAAUAAAGAUAUAACAGACCUGCCACCACAAAUGGGGCUUCUAUCCCGCCUGUGGAACCUAAAUACAGUUGGUUGCUGUCUUUCGGAGCCCCUUCGUUCCGUGGUGCGUGGGGGGCGAAGCCGCAGUGUCGACGUUGUAGGUUUCUUGAGAUCGGUGCUGCACGAAGCGAAGCCCUACGCACGGAUGAAGCUUAUGAUAGUUGGAGUACAGGGUAUUGGAAAGACAAGUUUAUUGGAAUGUCUUCGACAAGAGUCAGCCAUACAACAUCGUAGGAAACCAACUGAUCAUUGGGCAAAGCGCAUGGGCAACCGCAGCGCUCGUGGUAUGUCAACAGUGGGCGUGGAUAUUGGAUGGUGGGUGUUUGAACCCCAACGAGCAGCAAGAGGUCCCGUCACCUUCAGCACUUGGGAUUUUGGUGGACAGCAUGAAUACUAUUCAACACACCAGUAUUUCCUCUCACGUCGCUCCCUAUAUCUCGUCGUGUGGAAGGUUCCAGAUGGAAAAAAGGGCUUGGCCAGCGCACUACAAUGGCUGAGGUCAAUACAAGCGCGAGCGCCGGGUUCGCCUGUCAUUAUGGUCGGCACACACUAUGACCAAGUUGUUAAUAGCAACCUACCAGAGAGUGAGAGUCCUCUAGCCCUCCAGCGAUUAAUAAGGGGCUGUGUGAUGGGUGCACCUGAUGCUGAUAAAUUGGGGCUUCCCCGGGUUCUGGAUACUAUCGAAGUAUCAUGCAGUACCCGGCACAAUAUAAAACUUUUGGCGGAUAUAAUAUAUUCAGUAGCCUUCAGCGUCAAGCCUCCAGGUAGCAAAGAACCGAUGUUGGAACAGCGAGUGCCAGCUACAUAUUUGGCUCUAGAAGAAUGUGUCAGUUCUUUAGCUGGUGAACUCAAGGAGCCGGUACUAAGACACGAACAGUAUCGACGCUUGGUUACGCAGUACAUGCAGCAGAAGAAUCUCAAAAUGUUUAGAGAUGCUGCUGAAUUGCACCAGGCGACGAUGUUUCUGCACGAAAAUGGUGUCUUACUCCAUUACGACGAUGCGACUCUAAAGGAGCUGUACUUCCUCAGACCUCAGUGGCUCUGUGAUAUAUUGGCUCACGUAGUUACUGUUCGGGAGAUCAAUCCGUUCGCUAAUAGUGGUAUAAUGAAGGUGGAAGAUUUAGCACACGUCUUCAAAGCCUCACCAGCAUUAGGAGGUGGAGAGGAAGCUCGUUCGUUAGGAAUGUCUUUGCUCAACAAGUUCGAACUGGCUCUAUGCUGGGACGGUAGGGCGUUACUCGUCCCACCCUUGCUCCCCACCACUGAGCCAAUUCAGCCGCAACCACAGUUGGCCCUAAAAUCCCGUACUUGGCCGGGCACCCCUCGGCGAAUGUUCUCCAACACAUUGACGACCUGCGACGAAAUACGCAACUCUGAAGCUCCUCUCACACAGGACUGCGGAUGGGGUAUCGUCCUAUCGAGUAGGGAUAGUGGCCGCUCGCUUCGUCGUAUCCUUUUGAUGUCUUACGUGCCUUGCGGCUUUUGGGCGCGGUUGUGUGCUCGGCUUUUGGCUGAUGGUGCACUCGCUGCCACUGCGCCUGAUCUGUACAAGAUUCCACAAGAGAUUGAACAGGAUGAAAACCUGAUGAAGGCACUCGAGCUCAACUGGUCCUGGAAGGUUUGGAAGACGGGAUUGAAGUUAGUCUGUGGACAGCUGACUUUGCUUUCUCUGAGGGAGAUAUCCCCUACGAAAGACCCUCUGCUGGGAAGCCUGGUAGAUGAUGUAGAUACGGAGGAAUUGUACCAUCAUAUGAGAUUUCGAGUUCGUCAAGAAGGCGUAUGGUGUGAAUUGGAUAUGCAGACUUCUGCCUGCAUUGAAAUUCUACUACCAGCUCAAGCCUGCAUCGCAAGACGGAAAGAUGGGCUCCCGUUAACAGGAUACCAGAGCAUAACAUUGGAACCCAACCCAGCUGUACUUGCAAGAGUUCUGGCGUUGGUGUCAGAUCUCCUGGACUUGUUACUAGAAGAUUGGUAUCCAUCUUUAGGUACCCGCUUCGUGCAUACCUCGGAAGGGCGUUGUCUCAUAACACGAGUGGUCCCAUGCCCCGGGUGUCUGCGCGAUGCUGUUUCAAACAAUCUCCCACAAUUUCAGCCAGAACUACAUGAUAAUAAUUUGGUUCAGGCUUUAAAACGUCUAGAUUUGGGGAACGAACCGCGAAGAUUACGCCUCUCCGAGGAAUCGCGGACAUCGGAUCGUGACAGUGGAGUCGGGAACGAGUCAGUUUCAUCAUCCCGCCUUGGUUCCGUGGAAGGAGUUCAACGUAGUUUCACAGUUGGUGAAUGUUGGACCCUUGAAGAGUGUAUUCUAGCUGGAUGCACUGGCAAAAGGCUGGUCUGCCAGCACCACGCUGACGUGGAACUGGCGGAUGUCGCACCUGAUGUGCUUCUACUCGACGUGGAAGACUCAAAACGUGCCCGAUGGGAGCACAUAACACUUGGGGCCGUGGUGGGAAGGGGAGCCUUUGGGACGGUGGUUGCGGGGACAUGGCGCCCACCUGGCUGCGAAUCCCGGAGAGUCGCAUUGAAAGCGCUGCAGCCGGUGCCAGCACAGCCGCACUCUAUACCCGCUCUUACGGCAUACAAGGCAGCGGUCUCUCGUUGGGAACGGGAGCCAUUAGCAGGGGCCUGUCGGGCCUACUGCGGUUUACGUCAGGAGAUGGGCAUCCUCAGCAGACUUCGGCAUCCUCACGUACUGCCACUUCUGGCAGCUUGUCCAGCUCCACUCGCCUUGUUGCUGGCUAUUGCACCUCAGGGUUCCUUGGAGAACACACUCCGUAGCUAUCGUGGUUGUGGAGCCAGAGUUGGUGCACGUGCUGCGCGUGCGCUGACUCUUCAGCUCGCACGUGCACUCGAGUACUUGCAUACGCAUCGCGUGCUUUACCGGGAUUUAAAGUCGGAGAACGUGCUGGUAUGGACCUUCCCAGCUGCAGCUGAAUCUCAGGUGGCUGAAAAUAGCCCAGAUCCCAUCGAUGUCCAUGUCAAACUUGGAGAUUAUGGAAUAUCACGACUUGCGCCACCGUCUGGUACGAAGGGUUUUGGAGGCACCGAGGGUUUCAUGGCACCAGAGAUCAUGAGGUACAAUGGAGAAGAGGAAUAUACGGAAAAAGUAGACUGUUUCUCUUUCGGAAUGCUCCUCUACGAGAUCUUUACGCUGCGUCAGCCAUUUGAAGGUCACGAAGCCGUGAAGGAGGCUGUCUUAGAAGGAGCCAGACCACCUCUAUCACCAAGGGAUCUCCAAUACCCAUGCAGUAUGCUGGAGACGAUGCGUCGGUGUUGGAGUGGGGCACCAGAGAUGAGGCCCUCGGCCGCUGCGUUGGUAGCGGUGGCUGCGGCCCCGGAGUUCCUCUCGCUGAGGGAUGCCGCUGUUGUCAGACAGGCUAGGGCCGCUGCUGCCACGCCCAUGUGUCAUAUAACAGAAGAAAAUACAGAUGGUUGGGAGGUAUGGUACGGUGGGGCGGAGCCAGAAAGAGCCCACGCGCUGAUCACUUCGUCUACCACCUUUCUACACCACCACUCACUCACAGUACCACCAGACAAAACAGAACCGGUAAUUGUCACUGCGAUGUGCCGUGUCGGACAAACGAUGUGGUUGGCGGAUUCUGUCGGACGAGUGUCUGUGUAUUCAAUAUCCGACUGUGUCUUGCAAUGGAGUGUCAAAGUGUGUGAAACUGUGGGUGGCGGUGGGUCGAGUGUGUCGGCGUUAUAUUCCCUGGAAUCACUACGACGCGUUGCGCUUGCGCUAUCUUGCGGAAGAUUAUUUCUGGUAUCAUGCGAACGACCUCAGGCCGAGAGCACGUUCGUCCUCACGGAGUUGGGCACCGCCACUGAACUCAACUGUCUGACUGCCGUCUAUGCUGAUAAUGGGGUUGAGGUUUGGGCAGGUGGUGAUGGAAUCUACACCUAUACAGUGAACUCUGAGGGCGUGAGUGCGGCUGAGUUUAUCACACCUCCCGCCCGCCCUACAAGAGUGGCGCGUCUUGCCGCCUCACCUCAUGUAUCAACUGUACUCGCAAACUGCAAAAAUGAUGUGUACGUAUACGCGUACUCGGCGACGUCCAGGGAACAAAGUGCGCGUCUGGACUGUAGCAAACUCGCGCCAAGCUCUGAAAGUUUGCAAUCUAUCGCAAGUGACGAUCCCCUCACCGAAGACAGAUGUCGGAUAACGUCUCUGUGCGUUUGCGGCACUGAGGCGUACGUGGGUACCCUUUGGGGAUGCGUCAUUGUCGCUGAUGCAGCUACUCUAAGGCCACUUGCUGUCUGCAGACCUCACGAAGGAGAGGUCCGAGCAAUAUUGCCGCUUUAUCCGCAUGGCAGCAUCAACUACCCGAUGCUGGCAACACUGGGGGAUGGUUACCGACCCCUUCUAAAUAGAUAUGCCCCGUCUCAGUCUGGCAACACAACUGCGUUGAGUGGUUUCUACUGUCUACUAUGGAGAACGCAGCAUUGGCUGCCUGAUUGAAAUCGUUACUUUGAAGAUAUCUUUACAAAAUAGCUAUCAUUGUUUCUUUAAGCAUGGCUACCACGUAACUUAAAGAUUCCAACUAUGACAAUAUUAAUAAGAAAGUUUUUCUUGAUUUUCCAAUUGUAAUCACAUCAAUCAAUCUCUGAUGAUGAUUUUUAUAACUUUUGGACACGCUGGCAUGCGACAGCGAUAUAUAUAAUUUUUAAUUACCACUAUUAACACCGGUUCGUAUGUAAAAGUAUGUCGUUCGUAUGUCAAAAAUUGACAAUUGUCAUCCUUCUUUGAAGAACUUUAUUGUAUAUGAAUUAAGGACUUAUUAUUAGAACAAUACUUAAAACAUCCUAAUCACUAUACCUCCUAUAACACGUUACAUUGGGUCCGCGUUAUAGAAAUAGCGUUGUAGGAAUAUACUCGCAAUAACGCCCGCGUAUUUGUGUACCCUGACAUUUGAGAUUUGAUUUAUAACGCGGGCGUUAUUUGGUAAUACCCGUGUUAUACGCAACUGAAAUACGCGGGGCUUUGCUGUAUAUUUUAACACGUUCUGUUAUCGCGUUCUACAUAUACACAACGCCAUCUGUUGGUUAAUAUAUAAAUGUAACUAUGAAUUGAGAUUUUAAUAGGAAGUAGACGAAUUGCUUGAUUAUAUUUUAUUUUGUAUCUUUAUAAGUAGUGCGUUUUUUUAAUUAAUGACCGUUACAAGCGUUGGUUAAAACUGACCAUAAACAAAAUCCACAGAUAAUUAAGGAUGUUUACCUUCAACCACUAUUAAUAGAUGGCGCUAUUAAAAAAAAGCAUGCAAAUGUCAUGUAUGGAACAUGCCAAGAAAUUCCACAGCCGUGUUGAAUUUUCAUGUUUCCAAAUUCCAACUACAACUCUAUGCAAAAUUGGAAUCGUAUUGAUAACUGAAUAUUGAAAUCGCCAUUGGAAGUUACGUGGUAGACUUACCGCUUAUAAUUGCUCUCUAUAUAAGUAUAUCAUAGUAUAGAUAGAUGAUUAACGC